UUUUUUUCGAUGCUUCAAACUCGUGAGAAAACGAAAAAGAUAUUUUUCUUGUGGUAACUCGUUGUGCUGUCAAAAUAAACAAUUGAAGUAUCGUGCUAGCUAUAAAUUGCCAUGCAAUGCAAGAUUUUUUAUUAAAACUGAAGACACAGUCGAAACUAAAAGCCUGACUAAGCCUGACAUACGAGAAAAGACAGCUUUAUGUUUUAGCCUCGUUUUUACCCGUAAUUUACAUGUGGGGCGCAAAUACGAUAUAAAGAUGUAUACCAUUCGCCUAUUUAAUUCCCGUCAUGCAGUUCUCUGCAUAUUAUUUUUAUACCAGACAUUUGGAGCAGGUUUUGCACAAGAAGAAGCAGAUAAAGAAACGAUUGAGGCGAUAAAAAGACUGAUCCUCGAUGGAUUGGGAAUGAAGUCAGAACCUGUGAUUGAUGAGCACACGAUAGAACGCUCAGUUAAAGAUCACGUUAAAAGGCACAGUAAAGUGGAACAUACAGUAUCCAAAGUCAGCAUAACUCCUACCAAAACAGGUAAAAGCAUAUUCGAAUUCGAUGUUGGAGGCACUGGUAUUUAUGGGAAUGAUCCUGUUUAUUUUGCUGUUCUUAAUAUCAAACUUACCGCCGGGAUCACAAAAAAUAAAAUUUUCAAAAUAUCACAGGACGGAAAAGUUAUUUCUAAACCAUCUUUGAGCGAAAAAGAAUGGAUUUCCGAAGACAUUACAAGAAAUCUAGUUAACUGGAUCAAACACAAAUCAGAUAAUUUGACGAAAGCGUAUGUACUUGAUAUUAAACGGGAAAUCGGAAAGAAAGUCCCUCUUAGCAUAUAUCUUGAUGUCGAAUAUCGUAAGCAGAUAUCUCGCAGAAAGCGAAUGGUAGAAUGUAGCAUGGGACAAACCACGUGUUGCCGAAAAAGCAUACAUUUAAAAGUGAAAGAUUUCAACUGGGACAAAUGGUUUUUCGCGCCAAAAGAAUUUAAUUUUUUUUAUUGUGAUGGAUCCUGUGAGAACCAAAAAAAAUCGAAAUAUGGCGGAUUACUUUCUGGCCACAUCAAAAACUAUAAAUCUACUGGUUGUUGCAUUCCAACUAAAUUACAUGGACUACGAGUGAUGCACGUGGACGAAAGGAAAGGCAUUUUUGAAAGGGAAAUCCCAGACAUAAUGGCGGAGUCAUGCGGCUGCAGUGGAACAUAAGUCAAGCCAAGAAAUAGCGUUUAUUUACGUUUUAUAGAUAACUCACCACUUUCUUUAAUGCUAGAGGUUGACGUUUAUUGACAUGAUAAGGAUUGAAGAAACGUUUGUAAGAAGUUUGCAGAAAGGUAAAGACGUGUAAAGAAAUAUAAUAAAAACAGUCUGACUAAGAAAUUAGUUUUUCGACCAUUUUAGCUCUAUAAAAAAACAAAGACGUGUCUGACGAGAAUAUAUUCUUCCUUGAGCGGGAGAAUUGGUUAUUUGUAAAUGUUUUCCUUAAAGAAGGUAUGUUUAGAAAAGAAUGUUGUUUUUUGUAUCACGAAGUUGAAUCGUUACGUAAUUUCCAAUGCCUUAUUUUAUGCUAUGAUUAUUUGGGACCCCUUUGCAUUGCUAAAAGAACUACGAGACUGUCCUUUUGUUAAGAUUUCAUGUUAUUUUAUGUCAAACACAUGGUUUAGGUUGUGUGAGAAAUGUGAGAGGUUUAGGUGAACACUGCAUAAAGUGCAUGUUAUGAACUACCACGAAAAAAAAUAUCACGCAAGAAUUAAACGGAGCUAAACGUUAUUUUUUUUCUUUUCUUGUGAUAUAUAUGUUCGUCCCUAAAGCUUAAAGCAGGGUUUCUUCCGUCCCCAGGGUUUCGUCCGUCCCCAGGAUUUCGUCUGUCCCCAGGGUUCCGUUACUUUUUGUGGUACUCUCGGACAACAGAUUUAAUAAAGAAAAUUAGUGUGACGGAGGGUCUCCAUCCAGUGAGUCGUCUAUAACAAAUUUCUGCGUAGUUUGUGUUUGAAAUUGUAGGUUGGAGCGAGAGUCAAACACAUAAAGCUUGCGUUUUUUGUACCUUAUUUGCUUCUGUAGCUUAAAAUGAAACUUUUAAAAGCAAUAUAACUUUAUUUUUGUUUAUGGACAAGCAAAGAUGUACAUAUGGUGAUCGGUAUACAUCAGUUAUUGUUCCAGCCUCCCAAGCGAUUGUUUCGAAUUUUUAAAGACGAUGUAUGUUUCGGCUUCUAAAAUAUUCCAGAAUAUCCGAAAAGCAAGAAAUUAAAGAAAUAUGAUUCAGUUAUGAAUAUCACGAAUGCACCUAUAUUGAGUUCAAUACUCUUGAAACACACGUAUGAGAAGUUCAAGCAUCACUUGAAAGUUUAGGGUUAUACAAGAACACAAAAAACGCAACAAACACAUCAACACUCGAAGUUAUUUAAAUAUUUGGUGUUAGUUUCCAAGCACCUAUUUCUGAUCUCCAAAACUGACACCCGACACGUGCCAUGUGCUAUUGACGUCUGUACAAUGACACAAUUUUGAACUCAAAAGAGAGAGAGAGAUGUUCUCGAUUUUGUUUCAGCAUUUCUUAAAAUUAGCUAAGAAGAUCUGGGAAAUAGGUUGUUUCAUAAUCUACGGCUUCGAGAAAUUUAAUAUACUACGCUGCGCACAAUUUUUGAAUAACCAAGACAGCCACCAUAUUGACACAGCGCCAACAACAAUUCAAACUGAUAGAAAAAGGAGAGCGGCGGUAGCUUAAAAUAGAUGUAUGAACCUGGGGCAACUUUAUAUACUUACAAAGAGGCUUAGAACUAAGUGUACCUGAGAGUGAAAAACUAAUUUUGUUUUCGUUUGCAGAGUUAUAGGAUAGUGUUGUUAACCAAAUACGCAAUCUGGCAACUCUUGCCCUUACAUCUGCCACUCCAAAAAACUGCCAUAUCUAUAGAGUGGAGAUUAAAAGUCAACCACUUGUUAAUUGAAUAAUGACGCAUCCUUUGCACUGUUUAUGUGAUACAAACCUACUUCCUACAACCUUUCUCCAAGCUAACCCGCACCAUAAGAGGAUCAAUCAACCUCGUUGCUAGGGCAUUUUGCCUUGUUGAUAAAGUUGAUAGCGGCAAAUCCGUAAUAACAGCUCAGGGACUAAAAGACUCUGAGGACGAGGUUGAGAAUCAAGUUCUUCUUUUUUUUUAACAUGCAUUGUUCAGAAAAAAUUC